CAGCUCCCCGGGUCACCCUGCCGCACUGACAGGCUCCCCUGAAAGCCGGCCGGAUGAACGUUAGCACGCUAUUUAGCCUCAGCAGGAGCAAACUGUUGCCCCUCUACCUUUGAUAUAAACGAGAAUUUACCAGGAACAUAAGAAGAUUAUGGUGGCCGUUUGAAAAAAACAAUGGCGCAGAAAGACACGCUAUUACAUCUCUUCGCUGGGGGAUGUAGUGGCACAGUAGGAGCCAUCAUGACCUGCCCCCUGGAGGUGCUGAAGACUCGGUUACAGUCCUCUGGCCUUUCCCUCCGGCCCGUCUUCCAGGUCCAGCUGGGCACCCUGAGCGGUACUGGAGUCAUCAGACAAGGGACUGUUACACCGGGGCUGCUGCAGGUGCUACGGUCAAUUCUAGAAAAAGAGGGACCAAGAUCACUGUUCCGUGGCCUAGGACCGAACCUUGUUGGUGUGGCCCCCUCAAGAGCCAUUUACUUUGCUGCAUACUCAAAGUCUAAAGAAGUCUUCAAUGGCUUGUUCGUUCCCAAUAGUGGAGUAGUGCACAUGUCGUCUGCUGGCUUUGCAGCCUUUGUUACUAACUCUCUGAUGAACCCCAUCUGGAUGGUCAAGACAAGGAUGCAGCUGGAGAGAAAAGCCAGAGGAGAGAAGAAAAUGAACGCACUGCAGUGUGCCCGCUAUGUUUACAGAACAGAGGGGAUCCGGGGCUUUUACCGAGGCCUGACCGCGUCCUACGCUGGCAUCUCGGAGACAAUGAUUUGCUUCCUUAUCUACGAGACAUUGAAGAAACACCUUGCUGAACGCCGCCUCACAUCCCCAAAUAGUAACACGGAAAAAGGAGCAUCAGACUUUUUAAGCCUGAUGGUUGCAGCUGCUUUUUCAAAGGGUUGUGCGUCCUGCAUAGCCUACCCACAUGAGGUCAUUCGGACGAGACUGCGGGAGGAGGGCAGCAAGUACAAGUACUUCUUCCAGACAGGGAGGUUGAUAGCAGUGGAGGAAGGAUAUGCAGCUUUUUAUAGAGGACUCAUUCCACAGCUAAUUAGACAAAUCCCUAACACAGCCAUUGUUCUCUCCACCUAUGAACUCAUCGUCCACCUGCUGGGAGAGUCAAAGUGAAGACACGUUUGAAAGCAGGGUUUCCAUAUCAAAUGCUGGAAGCCACACGAUACCCAAAGCACACUUGGCAAGAGACAGUUGGAAGACGCAGCACUCACGUUUUUUUUAAUGUGGUGCUAUAGAGACUUUUUUGGUGGAAUUUGAAGCAGGUUGUACUGUUAUCCAAAGACCUAAAUGUAUUUUUAUUUUAUUGAAAGCAUGUCAUUAGAAGUUUAUCAGAAUAACUCAGCAGUUGCAGUACUUAUGAAAACUCCAUACCUAUGAAAAAGGUCAUCUGCUUAGAGGAGUAGUGUUAAGUUAACUAAAUUAUUUUGUGUAUUAUUUUUAUUGUUAUGACAGUGUUUGUCCGUUUCCUUAUUCUUAUCAGUGGUGAAUGUAGCAAUAUCCAUCAUUGGCAGGCUGAUUCAUUAUAGUUAAUGAAGGGAAGAAGUUAGGAAAAAUGGUACUAUUAAUAGUGCUGUUCUUUGCUAUUUGAUGACCACAAAGACCAUUGUGAGAUUUCUGUUUAAUCUUUCAGUUAUACACUGUGGUGAUUUUGAAGUUUGAAUUACAUCAGAGAAAUUUAUCAUAUUUUUCAUUAUUAUAUACAGGUUUAUCUGUAUAAUUUCUUUGUGAAAAAGGACAGUCACCUUUUACAAUAAUAGAACUUGAAUGCUUAUUUGACCAGUGGCUCAAUAAACUGCAUCAAGAGAUUCGAUAAGUUGGUGGGUGACUCUGACAUUGAGGUCAUUAUUGUCAGCUGUUACAUGCUUUUGCCUUUAUUAGAGCUGGGCUAGAGCAGCUUUCUGAGCCUCAAUUGUGUGAAGAUGACCAAGCAAAGAUGACUCGAUAGCUGUGAAACUGGGUUAGAAAUUACUGCAAAAUGAACAUUUUUGGCAUGA